AUGUCUCGAAAAGCAUGUAUCGAAACGGCACGAGAUUCAACGAAUUUUGUAAAUUGCUAUAACUAUCAUUCUGUUCAAGACGACAAUCGACAACACAUUGUGUCCGAUGAAGAACUUAACGCUAAAUUUCAGCAAUUUAUCCGUCGUUAUGAAAUCAAUAAUGCUUUUGCUGAAAAGUUACGUAGCUUAAAGGGUUAUGAAAUUGUUUUCAUUUGUGAUGAUUCAGCUUCAAUGAAUACAGAAUUGAGUGACGUUUCUGGUCCAUACGACACGGCACCAACUCGCUGGGAUGAACUGAAACGGACAGUAUCGAUUGUUGUUGAUUUAGCUAGUACACUCGAUCCCGAUGGUGUUGAUGUAUACUUUCUCAAUCGUGAACCAAUAUAUCAUGUACGAAGUUCAGACGAGUUGGAAAUUAUGUUUGCUCUACCUCCAGAAGGUGCAACACCAGUUGUUCGAGUUUUUCGACAAAUUCUUCGCGAUAAAAAAGCACAAAUUCAAGAACGAAACCUACUCAUUCUUUUAGCUACAGAUGGAGCACCAACAGAUGAUUAUGGUAAUCUGAAAGUGCAGGAAUUAAGACAGUUUUUGCUAUCUGAGCGGAAGCCAACAAAACGAAUUCCAGUUACAAUUAUUGCUUGUACAGACGAUAAUGAAGCGAUGUCAUAUUUAAACGAUUGGGAUACAACAAUACCUAAUCUUGAUGUCGUUGAUGAUUAUAAAAAUGAAAAGCAAGAAAUUCUGAAAUGUCAAGGAAAAUCUUUUCCAUUCAGUUAUGGUGAUUAUGUUGUAAAAAUUCUCAUGGGUGGCGUAGACAGUUGGUUCGAUGAAUUAGAUGAAAAGAAAGUAUCAACAGAUGCUUUUGAAGGAACUAGAUCAGGAACAACAGACUAUAGUAAACGUUAA